AUUCCCACACUACUAUGUUGCCUUAGUGCCAUAGCAUAUGCUGCAAUCGCUCCAGGACUGAAUGCAUAUCUUCCACCAAAAGAAGGCUACAAAUACCCGAAACCGUCAGUCCCAUUCCCAACACCUUCACCAGGCUUUCCAUCCCGCCCGUCGAUUCCAUCAUUCACUCCAGGAUUUCCAUCCCGACCUCCUACUUUCCCAACAAGACCUCCAGCUGCGACUGUUCCUCCAGCUUUUCAACCAUCACGACCUACCGCUCCCCCAUAUCGACCCACUCCAGGAAAACCCAUUCCACCAAGACCCACAUAUGGCCCACCACCAACUUCUCCUCCAUUCAAACCUCCAGGAACACCUCCCACUUUCCCCACAUAUAGACCUACCGGUACUCCAAGUCCCCCAAGACCUACAUAUGGACCUCCUCCAACAUUCAGACCCCCUGAAACUCCAAGUCCUCCAAGGCCCACUUACAGACCCCCUCCUACAUCUCCACCAUACAGACCUCCUGGAACCCCAUCUCCUCCGCGACCCACUUAUGGACCACCAACGUUCCCAACAUUCAGACCUCCUGGAACUCCUCCCAGGCCCACUUAUGGACCACCACCUACCUCAAGACCAACACCACCUCCUACUUACGGACCACCCCCCACGAGAGGACCCACCCCACCUCCUUUCCCUGGAACCCCCCCGAAACCAGGAUCUCCACCACCAUUUACUCCAGGAAGCCCAAUUCCAGGUUUUGGAGAGAAUGACCAUCUUCUCCUUCCUCAUAAACCUGCUAGUCCAUUUGAGUUCAAUUACGAAGUGAAAGAGCCACAAUAUGGCAACGACUAUUCGCACAACGCUAUAAAUAAUGGUGAUCAGACUAACGGAGUUUAUAAAGUUCAGUUACCUGAUGGAAGGACGCAAGUUGUCAAAUAUACAGCAGAUUGGGCUACAGGAUUCCAUGCAAAGAUAAGUUACGAGGGACAACCAACCUAUCCAAAGUAUCCAGGAAGACCUACCGGUCCAGGAGGUCCAAGAUAUACUGAAAGACCCACAGCCCCAACUAGACCUGGAAGUCCUAGUCCAGGAAUACCUGGAGGUCCCAGUCCGGGUUAUCCAACUCCAGGAAGGCCCACAGGUCCGAAGUAUCCUAGUGGACCUAGCCCAGGUUUUCCAACUCCAGGUUAUCCCACUCCAGGACGGCCAACAGGACCCAAGUUCCCCAGUGGACCUAGCCCAGGAUACCCAACUCCAGGUUAUCCAACUCCGGGUAGGCCAACUGGACCGAAGUUUCCCAGUGGUCCGAGUCCCGGUUUUCCGACGCCAGGUUAUCCAAGUCCAGGAAAACCCACAGGUCCAAAGUAUCCAAGUGGUCCUAGCCCAGGUUUUCCAACCCCAGGUUAUCCCACCCCAGGACGGCCAACAGGACCCAAAUUUCCCAGUGGUCCUAGCCCAGGGUAUCCAACUCCUGGACGACCAACAGGACCUAAGUUUCCCAGUGGACCAAGUCCUGGUUUUCCCAGCCCUGGAUUUCCCAGCCCUGGAUUUCCAGGAAAACCAAGUCCAGGCUAUCCUUCCCCAGGUGGAAAACCAACAGUACCGGGAUUCCCGGGAAGAGAUAAACAAACACCUGGAUAUUUACCACCAGACACUUCACAAAAAUAUGCCCCAGGAGGUGGAUAUGCUUAUUAGAUAAGGAAGUUGUGAUAACUAUUUGCAAAUCAGAAACACAAACCACGUUCAGUAAUCAUGAAGAAGACAGAAACUGGCAAAAUGAAGAGUAAUAUAAUAAAACACAAAUUCACUGUUCAUAUGAGAAAGAGAGCAUAGGAAAAUUGUUUUCUUGCUUAAUUGAUUUUCUCAAUACAUUUUAAUUAGGAUAAAAAAUGAUUCAAUUUGAGAAAUUGUCCUUAUUUAUUUGAGUCUUACAUGUGAAGACCUUCCUUACAAAUAGAAUAGAAAUGUAAAUAAGUAGACUCUAGAAUAGGCAUAUUUAAUAAAUAACGUAAACUUUAUAUUUCCAUGUAAUCCAAAAUAGUCAACUGUCCUUUUUUAUUUACUUCAUCAUUCUAAAUCAGUUUCGGAUAGAAAAUAUAUGCAAUAUAUCUACACAGAUAUAAGAAAGCUUAUUUUCAAUUCAAGAGUACAAUAUUAUGGCUCACAAUAAUACCAGAAAUCUGAAUUACUUAAGAAUAUAUAGUUAAAAAGUUAUAAGUUUGCUUGAAACACCCAUUUCAAAAAAAAAUUGUAGCACUGUCUAUUGUUUCUGUCGCUGGCACUGCCAAAACGUGUGUUCCAUAAUGAACAUGUCACAUUCAUAUGGAACACACACAUAUAUCUCUCCAAAAUAUAUAUUUUUACCCAUUUCAUGUAAUUAUUGUGAAUAUUAUUUAUGUCUAUCUAUAGCUGAUUUGACUGUUUGGUCUUGAUAAAUCCUGGUUAGUUAUUAGGUAUCAUUUUGAAUGUGAAAUUUAAAUCUGAUUUUCAAAAUAUUUGGUGAAUGAAUAAAUUUAUUUUUAUAAA